UUUCUUAACGCUGGUAAAGGAGGUACGAUUUACCUUGGUGCAAAGAAAACUGGUGAAGUAUGCGGAGUUAGAAUGUCACGUAGAGAUAGAGAUCGUUUACGUUGUGGUAUUGAUGGAAUUCUUGGUGAAUUUAAACCAUCUGUCAGAUAUGAUAAAUAUAAGAUUGACUUUUUUCCAGUAGUUAGAGAAGUGAAGGACAACAGUUUGUGCGGUAAAAGUGCGGAACUGAUACCCGAUGUUUACAUCAUUGAAAUUUCAUUUGCUAAGUCCUUUGGUACAGUCUAUACAACCAACAGAAACAAGUGUAUUUUUCGCUGUGGAGAUUCUAAUUGUGAGUAUUCCAUUCAAGAUUUAAGAAAAUUGGUCAUACGACAACAAGAGACAUUCUAUAAUGACCAGAUUAAAAUACUUAAACGUGAACUAUCUUCAAUAAGACAGUUAAACGAUAGAUAAAUAAAGCUCUUGAGGAAGCUUGCAAAUGGAAAUAUACGUCAUUCGUUGGCAGGUGCAUUUAAAGUUGAGAUCACUUUGUCGAAGACUUAGUUUCCAUAGAAAUUUGAAAACAUUUUUUUUGUUGUGUUCUUGUACAUAUGGUGUAGGCCAGUUGUUAUGAAAAGAUGGCGUCCAUUUUUUUUUUCUUUGAACUAAAUAUGGAAAAUGUGGUUGAGGAACUUUUCAAAAUUCUUAGGAAUUUCAGAAUUUGGACGAUAGCACUGUACUCAUGUUUGUUGUAAACAUCUCGUAAAGAAUAAACUAUUUUAAAUAAA